AUGCAGGUACAAGAGAUGGUGAUCGAGGAUGAUAGUACGGCUUUGGCCAACGCGCAAUACACACCUGUGACGAAAUUGACACGCAACGAUGUCCAUUUCCCUCUGACCACUCCGCGCAGGAGAGCACCGUCCACGGCUCUGAUUGCAGAUACGAUGGAGGCAGACGGAAAAUCCAUGGGUCGCUUGACCAUCAGAGCUGGCGGCCAGCCGUUCACUGAGUCCGGAGACACUCCAAGGAACGGCUUCUCGCAACCAGAUCGCGUCGAAGAAACGUCGACAUAUAAUCAAACGUUGUCCGAUCUGCCACUCGAGGUGCAGGGCAAGGUGAUCGAUUUUAUCUUCGGCGAUAUGCACUCCGUAUCCCCAAACAGUCAUUCGCUUCGUGGCAAGAACGUUUCUUCUCUAAUGCGCCACCCUCGCCGCAAAGCAGUAUCCGACUUUGCACUAGUUUCUGCCGCCUGGAGAGAUCUCGUCCAAGAACGGAUCUACCGCCAUAUCAAAAUCAAAGGUACCCGGGCUGGUCUGCAGGAAUGCGAGGAUUUCUUCGCGUCCAACAUGCACCUCUCGGCCCACGUUCGACAUAUCGAGGUAUGGGUACCGGUAUGGGGUGAUAAGGGCAGUCUUGUCAACGAUGAACCUCUAGCCGUGCUACGAAAUGGCGGUCCCCGGCAUCUCAACUACCCGCUCGCACAUCAGCCUGACGACAUGUCUCCCGCUGCAGACCCACUUGGAUUCACCUUCAAGAUGGCUGCACAGACUGCAACUCUUUCUGAAAUCUUCAGCCACAUAUCUGUCUUCUUUGACAAAGCCAAAGUGUUCACUUUAGAGGGCGGACACUGCAAAAAGUCAAACAUGAUCCGACACUUCCCCAAGGUUCUAUUUACUGACCCCAAAACCCAAUCGCUCACACGUCUCCCUCAAAUACGCACAUUUGCCAUGCGUGGCUCCUGGAACAUCAUGCGAUCUCAUGCCGACUGGUUGACUAUCGAACGCGCGCUUCCAAAUGUUGAAGAAUGGCACUGCGGUUACGCCAAGCCUCGCAUAGAAGCCGAACUCACCAUCAAUGAUAUCCUAUCCACAUCACCGUCUCGCUGGCGUUCAGUCAAUGUUUGCCUGGACGGAAUGUAUAGCAAGGACACCACUACUUUAGGAUCCAGCUCUGGACUUGUCGGCGCCAAGCAGAUGCAUCUCUGCGAGCGCCUCGGCGAUCUCUUGCCUCAACUCGAAUCCCUCAGCUACACAGGCAAGGUCUGCGAGUGCUUAUGGAAGUCGGCCCUCGCUCGGCUUUCCAAGAGUAAGGUAGAAUGCCGUCUACAAUCUCUGGAAAUCGUGGUCAAGUCGUGCUGUCGACAACGUGUGACAACGGUGGAUACAGUGACUGGCGAGGCUGUCGAAGAGGAACUGGGCGGCGUGAUGGCUGAUGGCGCUGGCAUUAGCAAUCUCGUGUUCAUCAAAGCAUUUGAGAGGCUCGUACUUAGCACAGUCGAAGCACUGCGGUGGGCCGUCAAUCUACGCUAUGUGCGGAUACGAUACAUCGACCUUGACAGUGAAUGCACACACCUCAACCCUUACUGGAUCCUGAAUGGAGACCAUGUAUGGGGCAUCUGGUCAGAGGAAGUUGUGGAGCGCCUUCAGGAGUGCAGACCGUCAGCCGGGUACGUUGAGUUGGGCGAUGGCAUCGACAUAGGCGGAAAGGUUGCCCAAGAAACGGAAGGUGAUGGUCGUGGCGGGUCUACAUGGAUCAACGUUCCUGCAGCUGCCCAUAACACGGGUGCUGCAUACGGUGCGGCUGCCAACGGGCCCGGCUUUGGCGGCAUAGGGUAUGCAGGUGCUGCACACGGUAACCCUGAGAGGAGUGUUGCAAGUUUGUAUCCAAGGCUGAAGCCGAAGAGCAUCAAGACGAGCAGUUAUAAGAUCUUGUCGGAGGCGAGAGGGAGCUAA